GGACUCCUCUCAAUUCUCAAAUAGAAGAUUCAAGGAAAAAGGGUCCCUUUUCAUUUUGAUAUUCAUAUUCAGGUCCAAAAGAAAACAACCCAGGUCUUCAGAGACGUAAUAUUUUUCCAUUUCAACCAUCUCUAUAUGUUCUUCGGCUCUAUCUCGACUACAACUGUGAGAAACUGAGAAUCCCACAUUUCAAUCCCCUUGGGAAAGUUUGAUUCUUUAGAUUCUUUAUCAAGUGUUGAUUCAUAGCGGAGUAUUAUGAAAAGUAGAGUAUAUUCUUCUGUAGAGCUCAGAAAGGGGUGUUUCUAAGUCAGAGGGAGAGAAGAGAUGAAGGUGUUUUUUGGGAGUCCAGGAAGGAUAAGUGGGCUUCUACUCAGAAUUGGACAGUGCUCUUUUGCUGCUGCUUCCAUUGGGGUCAUGGUGUCUUCUCAUGGCUUCUACAGCUCUACUGCAUUUUGCUAUUUAAUUGCAUCAAUGGGGCUUGAAUUCCUAUGGAGCUUUGGACUUGCUUGCCUUGAUUUUCAUGCCUUGAGGUCAAAGAGGAGCUUGCAGAAUCCUGUUUUAGUGAGCCUAUUUGUUGUUGGAGAUUGGGUGACGGCUACUCUUUCACUGGCAGGUGCAUGCUCAUCGGCUGGGGUGGUAGUCCUGUACUCGAGAGACUUGGAUUACUGCGGAAAGAUGCUUCCAUGCACCAGGUUCCAAAUCGGGGUGGCUUUUGCUUUUAUCUCAUGGUUCCUCCUCGCUGUUUCCUCACUUGUCAUGUUUUGGCUGCUAGGUGCAGUGUAAAAGACAACAAUUUAUACCAACUUCACAAACAACUUACUGUUUGAUAUUCCUCUGUAAAUAUAAUGAGACACACAUCAAAAAAGACCAGUUUUGACUCUUGAUGAGUAUAUCUGAGAGCAAUUUUGCUACAGAUUUCUGAGUCCAUAAAGUCUUGUAAUUGGAUUUUGGAUCCAUGAUUUAAGAAUGAGCACGUGUUUUAGUUUUCUAAUGGAAGUAGGUCUGGAAAUCUUAUACAUUAUACAAUCUUAUUUCGCUC